AAUGAAACCCGGAGGCCACCAAUACCACGUCUCCUCCUCACCCCUGUGUUUGACUCCCUGUCCCUCUCUCUCUCGCGGUGGCAAACGGCGGAAACCGACGGAAUGACGGAGCGCUGCUGGUUUUGGACGUCCCUCUCAGAGCCAGAGGAGGAAACGGAACCCUAGAGAGAAGAACGAGGAGAACUGACCACAAGGGCCCCCCUCCUCCUUCUCUUCCUCCUCAUCUCGGAGGACUUUAAAUACGCCAUCCCACUGUCUCUCUCUCCCCAUCGUCGUGAUCAUCAGCAUCAUCGUCGUCGUCUUCUACUCUCUUCUUCAGCUCUUCUUCUUCUGUUAUUACUGCUACCGCUGUUUUUGCUUUUAGUGCCGCGAGAGCUAUUGGGAGUGUUGGUGGAAUGGACAGCUUCUCGUCAUCGUCGUCUCACACGCUCAGUCUCAUAGAGGCGAAUAGCAGCUUGGCCAGCAUGAGGGAAGGGAAUCGGGGGUUUAUCGUGAAGGUCGGCUCGGAGUCCGAGUUGAGGACGAAGAACGCGGAAUCGGAUCCCAUCCGCUUGGCCCGAUCGAAGUCGAAGGUGACCAUCGGGGACGGCGGGUUUGUCCUCGAGGACGUCCCUCAUCUCACCGACUACAUCCCGGAUCUCACGACUUAUACGAAUCCUUUGCAGUUCAAUCCAUCAUAUUCAGUUGUCAAGCAAUAUUUUGUCAACCCUGAUGAUACCGUUGCUCAAAGGAUUGUGGUUCGCAAGGGUGGUCUCAGGGGCACGCAUUUCCGACGAGCAGGCCCUCGUGAAAGGGUCUUUUUCGAGCCCGAUGAAGUAAGCGCAUGUAUUGUCACAUGCGGUGGCCUCUGCCCAGGUCUGAAUACAGUGAUAAGGGAAAUAGUCUGUGGCCUUUACCACAUGUAUGGAGUUACCAAAGUUCUUGGAAUUGAGGGAGGAUACAAAGGCUUCUACGCUCGCAACACCAUUCCCUUGACACCCAAAGUAGUAAAUGAUAUACACAAGCGCGGUGGGACCAUUCUUGGCACAUCACGAGGUGGGCAAGACACCAUGAAAAUAGUCGACAGCAUUCAGGACCGUGGUAUUAAUCAGGUGUAUAUAAUUGGAGGAGAUGGUACCCAGAAAGGAGCUUCAUCUAUAUACGCGGAGAUUGAAAGCCGUGGUCUUAAAGUUUCAGUUGUCGGAAUUCCAAAGACUAUUGAUAAUGACAUUGCGGUUAUCGACAAAUCAUUUGGUUUCGAUACUGCAGUUGAAGAGGCUCAAAGGGCUAUUAAUGCAGCGCAUGUCGAAGCUGAAAGUGGUGAAAAUGGUGUGGGCCUUGUCAAGCUGAUGGGUCGCGACAGUGGAUUUAUUGCUAUGUACGCUACGUUGGCUAGCAGAGACGUGGACUGUUGCCUGAUUCCUGAAUCUCCCUUCUAUUUGGAGGGGCCGGGAGGACUCUUCGAAUUCAUGGAGCACAGACUCAGAGAGAAUGGUCAUAUGGUUAUUGUUAUAGCAGAAGGUGCUGGGCAGAAUCUUAUCGAGGAGCACUUGCGCGACAUGGAACACAAGGAUGCUUCAGGAAACAAGGUCCUUCUUGACGUUGGGCUGUGGCUUUCUCACAAGAUCAAGGACCACUUUGCCAAGAGAAAGAUUGUAAUGAACCUCAAGUACAUAGAUCCCACGUACAUGAUUCGUGCCAUUCCUAGCAAUGCUUCAGACAACGUCUACUGCACGCUUCUCGCUCAUAGUGCUGUCCAUGGCGCCAUGGCUGGAUACUCGGGCUUCACUGUCGGUCCUGUUAACGGCAGGCAUGCUUAUAUACCUAUCUAUCGUGUGACCGAGAAGCAGAAUAAAGUCUGUAUAACUGACCGUAUGUGGGCGAGGUUGCUUUCCUCUACGAAUCAACCUAGCUUCCUCAGCCCAGAGGACAUUGAAGAAGCCAAGAGUAAGCGACAGUCGAGCAUUCUAGAUCUACAAAUGUUCUUGGCGGACGGGAAGGCCUUGAGUGAGGACGGCAAUUGCUCGGCGACGUCAUAAUUCGGAUCAAGAGAUUUCGAUAGUUUUGUGAACCCGUGUCUUGCUCCUGUUACUUCAAUGAAGACAGGGUAAUGCUCCCGCGAGUUGUCAAUUAUGUUAAUUGAGAGUUUUUUUAUAAAAUAAUUUCAUUAAA